GUUACGAUGGUGGCCAAAGGAAAUCGCACCUCCAGUGCUGAGUUUGUUCUCCUGGGGUUCUCAGAGCAGGGGGAUGCCCAGGCUGUCCUCUUCGUGGUCUUCUUGGUGAUCUAUGUGAUCACUCUCCUGGGGAACCUGGGGAUGCUGGUGUUAAGCAGGCUGGACGCCCAGCUUCACACCCCCAUGUACUUCUUCCUGAGCAGCCUCUCCUUCCUAGACAUCUGCUAUUCCUCCUCAGUCACCCCUAGGCUGCUCUGGGAUCUCCUAGCAGAAAGGAAGAUCAUUUCUCACUCUGCGUGCUUCACACAGUUUUAUUUCUAUGCGGUCUUUGCCACCACCGAGUGCUACCUCUUGGCUGUCAUGGCCUAUGACCGACACGUGGCCAUCUGCAGCCCACUGCUCUACGCCAUCUCCAUGUCCAGCAGAGUUUGUGUGCUGCUCGUAGCUGGUUCGUACCUUGCUGGCAUUGCAAAUGCCACUAUCCACACAGGGCUUACACUUCAGCUGUCCUUCUGUGGUCCCAACGUCAUCAACCACUUCUACUGCGAGGGGCCUCCGCUUCAAGCCAUCUCUUGCACAGACCCCACCGUCAAUGAGAUUGUGAUGUUUGUCGUGGUUGGUUUCAACCUGCUUGUCACCAGCCUGACCAUCCUUAUCUCCUAUGCCUACAUCCUGGCCACCAUUCUGAGGAUGCCCUCCGUGGUGGGCAGACACAAAGCCUUCUCCACAUGCACGUCCCACCUGGCUGCUGUGACCCUCUUCUACGGAUCUGCUGCAUCCAUGUACUCCCGACCCAGCUCCAGGCACUCCCAGGACGCUGACAAAGUGUCCUCUGUGUUUUACACCAUGGUGACCCCCAUGCUGAACCCUCUCAUCUAUAGCCUGAGGAACCAGGAGGUGAAGGAUGCGCUGAGGAGAGUGAUGGGGAGGAAACGUUCAUCUGAAAAAUAG